AUGGCUAGAGAGCGUCGCAUCAUAAAGGAGCUCAAGGACAUCCAGGCCGAUCAUGACAGCUCAGGCGUGAUUGCCACCCCAGUCACUGAUGGCAACCUCGUCCACCUAAAGGGAACCUUUCCCGCCCCCCCCGACACUCCCUACGCAGGCGGCACCUACCAGGUCGACAUCCAGAUCCCCGACCAGUAUCCCUUCAAGUCUCCUAUAAUACGAUUCGACACCAAGAUCUGGCAUCCCAACAUCAGCAGCCAGACGGGCGCCAUUUGUCUCGAUACCCUCGGCUCUAACUGGUCUCCUGUCCAGACCAUCAAAACCGCCCUGCUCUCCCUCCGAAUGCUCCUCGAGUUCCCGAAUCCCAAAGACCCGCAAGACGCAGAGGUGGCAAACAUGAUGCUCAAGGACCCUGAACGCUUCGCCCUCAUGGCUCACGAGUGGGCUGUCAAGCACGCCGGUGCCCCGCGACGGGAUAUUGAUCUGAGCAAGUGGAAGAAAGAGGGUUCCUCUACUACCAAUGAGAAUGACAACAGCAGGUAUAUGGGAUACAACAGGGACCUCGUCGAUCGCUUCGUCAACAUGGGAUUCGCCCUCGACGCCGUAACCGAAGCCUUCAUGUUUUUUGGUAUCGACCAGAACAAUGGACAAGAUUACGAGCUGGAGGAGGCAUAUAUGGGAGACAUCACGGCCCGCCUGCUGGGUGAACAAUGA